AUGAUGAAGCUGGCCAAGCUCCUCCACGUCAAGGGCUUCCACAUCACCUUCGUCAACAACGACUACAACCACCGCCGUCUCCUCAAGUCCCGCGGCGCCGCCUCCCUCGACGGCCUCCCGGACUUCCACUUCCGCUCCAUCCCCGACGGCCUCCCGAUGACCGACGACGACCAGCUCGACUCCACCCAGGACGUCCCUUCCCUCUGCUACUCCACCCCCAGGCACUGCCCCGCGCCCUUCCGCAGCCUCAUCGUCGACGAGCUCAACAAGUCGGCCACGUCGCCGCCGGUGACGUGCAUAGUCUCCGACGGGAUCAUGUCGUUCACGGCCGACGUGGCGGAGGAGCUGGGGAUCCCGGUGGUGCUGUUCUGGACGCUGAGCGGCUGCGGGUUCUCGGCGUAUGCUCAUUACAAGGAUUUGAUGGACAGAGGCAUCACGCCGCUCAAAGGUCAGUGUUUUCCUUCCAGGAUUGAAAAACCGGCAGUUCCAUCAGAAAAAUCUUCUCUUGCACAAUUUUGA